CUGGACGUCAGACUUUAGUCCUGUUCGUCUGCUAUGGGGUUUGGCGACGAUCCUCCCCAGGUUUAAGCGAUCCUUGUCGAAUCCUAUAAAAGAGUAGACACGGACAGUUACAGCCCGCCAAUGGCAGCAAGAGAUGGGAGGUCGGAGAGCUUCAGUCCGCCACAGUAGCAUGCUAUCCGACGAGAUUAUUCGCACGGCAUCUCCAAUCCAUCACAACCUGUUACGAUAAGAAAUCUCACAUGACAUAGUCUCAGAGAGUAUCCGAAAGGCCCUUUGGCUCCAUGUGGUCCUAUGAUCUUUAGUGGGUGUCUGGAGAGAGCUCCGCUCUCUCCUUCUGAUGUCCCGACGCCGAACAUGCAAGGCAGCGUUCUGUGGACAGCUCAGGUCCGAUGCCACGUCUUGGGCCUAAUGGAAGAUGUAUCUAGGUUUCAAGAGACAACGCCUCAGAUUAGCAUUAAUUUUGUAUUCUAGAAUCGUCCUAUUAUCGCACUUUCCGUUCAUACAACUCGCUCUGCAUUGUUCGAUAUUGCCACUCCUUGACCACUUUAUUACGAGAGAAACUUGUAUACACAACACCACCAUAUCAUAUACUCGUGGACAACUGGAAACAAAAUAUGUCAGUGCAACCCACUGAAACAUCUGUCUUGCCUGAGCAAGUAGACAAGAAAAAAGAGCGCAAUAGUCCCCUUCGCUCUGUACUUGCUGGCUCAACAGCCGGUGCAGUUGAAAUUGCUAUCACCUACCCUGCUGAAUUUGCAAAAACUCGAGCACAACUCAAUCAAAGAUUAGUACAAGGUCAGAAGCUACCUUGGCCAAAAUUUGGUGGAGAAUGGUAUGCUGGGUGUACCACGCUGAUCAUUGGAAAUUCGAUCAAAGCUGGCGUUCGAUUUGUGGUAUUUGACCAGAUUAAAGAGCUACUUCAAGAUGCAAAUGGCAAUCUUUCAGGCCCCAGAACCGUUGUAGCGGGCUUGGGCGCCGGGGUCUUCGAAUCAGUCCUAGCCGUGACUCCGUUCGAAAGCAUCAAGACUACUCUUAUUGACGAUCGAAAAGCAGCCAAACCCCGUCUUCGGGGGUUGUUCCACGCUGUUCCCAUAAUCGCCCGCGAGCGUGGCAUUGCUGGAUUUUAUCAGGGUCUAGUCCCCACCACGGCGAGGCAAUCCCUUAACAGUGCAACGCGGUUUGGCUCCUAUGGAGCAUUUAAACAGAUGGCACUGUCUUACAAAGAAAAAGGGGAGAAACUUGGAAGCGUUGUGACAUUUGCGAUCGGCGGCGCGGCGGGAGUCGUCACAGUAUAUGUUACGCAGCCGGUGGAUACGAUAAAGACGCGGAUGCAGAGCAUUGAGGCCAAAACACUCUAUAAGAGUAGUCUGCACUGUACGAAAAAGUUAGUUCAAGAGGACGGAGUGUUUAAGCUGUGGAGUGGAGCGGUGCCGAGACUUGCGAGACUGAUCUUUAGUGGUGGUAUUGUAUUUUCGAUGUAUGAAAAAAGUAUGGCUAUGUUUGAAAAAGUGGAUCCUGAAGGGGUAUAUAUUUAAAAUGUCUUAAUAAAUAUUCGUCGAC